UGCGGGGUGCGCGGGGUUGCGGAGGCUGGAAGGUGUCGGCUGCUGCGCACACGCUGCCUCACUCGGUGUCCCGCGACUGCCACGAUCACACGCGUCCACAGCUCCGUGCCGACGCCGCCCGACAAUCAUCACGCACAGCUCCCAAUCGUCACAAUGAGAAGCGCACUGUUUAUACUAGGCCUGAUGGCGCUGGCAGCGGCGGCGCCCGCGCCCGAGGCGAAGCCCGAGCCGGCGGCACAGCCCGACCCCGCGCCGCAGCCCGACCCCGCGCCGCAGCCCGACCCCGCGCCGCAGCCCGACCCGUCGCUCGACUCGCAGCCUGAGAUCAUCGAAAUUAUCGCCCCCGCCAACAGCGCACAAGAGACCCUUGCUACUCUGAACCUGGGCGCCCCGGGCUCCGAGCUCAGCGAACGCAACAAGCGCACCAUCGGCAUCCUCCGCCAGCUGUUCCCACAACUUACGCAGAUAAUCGAACAGAAGGUACAGCAGAUAACGAGUAUGGUGCUUAAAAUAUUCGGGCCCAUCUUCCUGCGCGCCUUCCUAGGGAACCGCAGCAACGGCGGCAACACCAACGGCGGCGGCGGCACCGUCGAGAUCGACGACGACGAGGACGAAGACGAGGACGAGGACUCCCCCUCCACCACCACCACCACCACCACGUCCGCGCCCAACAGACGCAAGCGUGCGCUAUUCUUCCUGCCGGUAUGAGCGCAGCAUUAUCGCUCACCAUCAGCCUGCCCCAAGACGGCAGCGCGCGCGCAGACCGCACGUCACGUCACGUCACCCCAUCUCCACCAUAAUCUAACAAUCAUUGCCGCGCAA